AAAACUGUUGGAAUCGAAUAUAAAAUAAAUAUAAAUCCGGAUAAAUUAUGGACUUUAUAGAAGCAAUAAUCGAGUAUCGACCAAGGCUGCAAUCUUGUCACGUGUUUUUAAAAUUUAAUAGCAUUAUUAAUAAGAAUGAUAUCAAUAUAAUUGUACUUAAUAACAGCAUAGAAAUCAAUUAUAUUGGAAAUCAUAAGAAUAUGGCUUCUAAAAUUGAAGAUAUUAUUAAUUUAGACCUAAAUAAGUCUGAUGCCCAAUUCCAUAUUAGUCUUGACACAUCUGAUCAUUUUACUUUGAAUAAAUUAUCACUUUCGGGUUUGAUAUAUUCUGGUAAUGAGAUAACAUUUAGAUUACAAACUGAACCUAAAGAACAAAAUAAAGGAUCUUUCAAAACUGAACUGAUAACAGAUUUAUGGAAAAAUUAUCUCACAGAAAAUGAUGCAUAUAAAAUAAAUAUAUGCAAACAGACCCCAUAUGAAAUUAGUUGUAGAAAAUGCAACCAUGCAAUGUUUUCAACACAAGGUUUCUCUCGAAUUUUAGAAUUACCGAGAGAAAACAUUGAUAUGAGUGACUGGUUCUGCCAUAAGCAUAACAAUCAAUCUAAAACAUUUGCUAUGGAGCCAGAGAUAGAUGCAUUAUUUUAUAAAGAUAAUUGUAUAGUAAUUAAUAACAAAAUAUUUACAAAUCAUCAAAUUGAAAAUAGUAAUACAAUUCUUUGCUCAAAUUGUAAAACAAAUAUUGGCUCUAAAAAGAUGAAUACUAUAGAGUUUUAUAAUUUUGCAAUUGGAAUCAAAACUGAGUCAAAUAAUAUUUUUCACAUAUUUUCAUAUGAUAAUUGCCUUUACGAAAUUGCUGUCCAAGAUUUCAUUCACUUAACUAAAAAGCGUAUAAGUGACAAUAGUAUAUUAUUAAUGCCCCAAUAUAUUUUACUCAAAAUUGUUGAUGUAAAUGCACAGGUAUUAAAAAGUGAUAAAAAAGGAGUUUUGACUUUAAAAAAUACCUUAAAAUUAAUGUACAAAAUUGAAAGUGAAUAUGAUGAAGUGCGAAUUCAGUGGGAAAAAAAUGAAAAGUCUGCAAAUAAUAUUAUAGAAUGCAUUCCUUAUGAAUUGUUUACAUCAGCUAGUAAACAUCUACAAAUGAUGUCAGAGUUUAUACCAAUUUCUUGUAAAUUUCUUAAUGGUUUUACAUUGAGUUAUUUAGAUUUAUAA